AUGGCGAAACAUAGUCUUAGCCAAGGGAGUGAUGAGCAAUUGGAUUUUGAGUCGCAAGACUCGGAGAGCAACUCUGAAGAGAGCAGUAGUGACGAAGAUACUGAUCUGCUCAAUGUUGAAUUUGAAUGGUUUGACCCGCAACCCGAACAUGACUUUCAGGGUAUCAAGACGCUAUUAAGGCAACUUUUUGAUGUCGAUUCACAACUAUUUGACCUGAGCGGACUCGCGGAUCUUAUUUUAGGCCAACCUCUCCUGGGCUCUACAGUAAAAACGGAAGGCAACGAGUCUGACCCCUACGCAUUAUUGACGGUCCUUAAUCUGCACGAGCAUAGGGUACGUACUGUCGACUCCUCAAUGGAUACUCUGCUUAUGUUCAAGCAGAAACUUCCCGUCAUCUCCAACUUGAUCAAUUAUUUAAAAGAUCGCUGCCUUCUUGACGACAGAGCAUUGAAGAUACGAGAGCUCCUGCAAGCUCCUGAGAAUGCCCAUGUAGGUCUGAUACUGACAGAAAGGCUCAUCAACGUACCAGCACAAGUCGUGCCACCCAUGUACAAGAUGCUUCUUGAGGAGAUCACAUGGGCACUGGAGGAAAAGGAACCUUAUCAUUUCACUCAUUUUCUCAUCCUAUCCAAAACAUAUCGUGAGAUGACAUCUGUACUUGAAGAUGACACUGACGGCAAGCACAAAAACAAAAAGCUUAAAAGGGUUGAUUCAGCCCAUUCCUCUGAGGUUUUUUUUUUCCAUCCCGAGGAUGAGGCCUUCCAGAGGCAUGCUGCUACCUACAGUGGCUUUGACUACAAAAGCGAAGGGAGCCAAUCAGACUCUAAACGCGCUUUCCACGAUCUUGGUAUCAAGCCUCAAGGCCAUAUGAUUCUUAUCGAGGCUGAAAAGUUCGAGACCGCUCUUCAAGCUGUACAGGACUUCGUUGGCUGA